AUGGAGUCGAUUUUUGUCUGCCUCGGCCCCAGCGCUGACCCCUGCACCCCCUCUCUCUACUCCAGUUUGCCGGGAUGGAGAGUUGGAGCCGUAGUUCUGAGCAGAGCCAGAGCCAGAGCAGAGCCAGAGCCAGAGCAGAGCCAGAGCAGAGCCAGAGCAGACCCAGAGCAGAGCCAGAGCAGAGCCAGAGCAGAGCCAGAGCCAGAGCAGAGCCAGAGCAGAGCCAGAGCCAGAGCAGAGCCAGAGCCAGAGCAGAGCAGAGCCAGAGCAGAGCCAGAGCCAGAGCAGAGCCAGAGCAGAGCCAGAGUCAGAGCAGAGCCAGAGCCAGAGCCAGAGCAGACCCAGAGCAGAGCCAGAGCAGACCCAGAGCAGACCCAGAGCAGACCCAGAGCAGAGCCAGAGCAGAGCCAGAGCCAGACCCAGAGCAGAGCCAGAGCGCAGCUUCGCGUCAUACGACCGUCAUACGUCCGUCAUACGUCCGUCAUACGUCCGUCAUACGUCCGUCAUACGACCGUCAUACGUCCGUCAUACGUCUGUCAUACGACCGUCAUACGUCCGUCAUACGUCCGUCAUACGUCCGUCAUACGUCCGUCAUACGUCCGUCAUACGUCCGUCAUACGAGCGUCAUACGUCCGUCAUACGAACGUCAUACGUCCGUCAUACGACCGUCAUACGUCCGUCAUACGAGCGUCAUACGUCCGUCAUACGAACGUCAUACGUCCGUCAUACGACCGUCAUACGUCCGUCAUACGGCCGUCAUACGUCCGUCAUACGUCCGUCAUACGACCGUCAUACGUCCGUCAUACGACCGUCAUACGACCGUCAUACGUCCGUCAUACGUCCGUCAUACGUCCGUCAUACGACCGUCAUACGAGCGUCAUACGUCCGUCAUACGUCCGUCAUACGUCCGUCAUACGACCGUCAUACGUCCGUCAUACGACCGUCAUACGUCCGUCAUACGACCGUCAUACGACCGUCAUACGUCCGUCAUACGUCCGUCAUACGACCGUCAUACGACCGUCAUACGUCCGUCAUACGUCCGUCAUACGACCGUCAUACGAGCGUCAUACGUCCGUCAUACGUCCGUCAUACGAGCGUAUAACACAUGUUAACAUGUGA